AUGGGCGUGCAGAACCUGUGGGUGCUGCUGGCCCCCGUGGGGCGGCAGAUCGAGAUCGAGUCGCUGGCGGGGCAGGUGCUGGCGGUGGACGCGAGCAUCUGGCUCACGCAGUUCGUCAAGGCCAUGCGCGACGACGAGGGCAACAUGAUCCGCAACGCGCACCUGCUGGGCACGCUGCACCGCGUGGCCAAGCUGCUCUACUACGGCGUGCGCCCGGUCUUCGUGUUCGACGGGCAGACGCCCGAGAUCAAGAAGCGCACCACGGCCAGACGCCGCAAGCGCCAGGAGCAGCAGAGCGCCAACCUGCGCCACACGGCGCAGCGCAUUCUACUCAACCGACUCAAGCAGCACCGACAGGAGAUGAAGAAGAAUGGUGGUGCACCAGCCCCGGCAGUUGCACCAGGGUUCACUCUACCCGAAGCGUCCAAGAAGAGGGACGAGGAGAAGACGGAGGAGGAAGAGAAGAACGAUGGCGUGCAGCAGGUCUGGGAGGCAGCAGCGGAGCAGGAAGAGAGCGCGGACGAGGACCUGACGCUCGACGACAUUGAUCUGGACACGUCGCGGCUGUCGAAGAUCGACCUCCACGCGGUGUUCUCCUUGCCUCCGCACCUCCAGAAGGACAUGAUCCAGAAGAUCCUGCGCGACAGACGCCAGGAGGUGAGGGACCAGUUCAUCCCAUUGGCGGGCAAUCCGGAGAAGUACUCGCACACACAGAUUGCCGCCUUCUUGCAGACGAGUGCGCUCAACCGACGAAUUGAAGCUGCUAAGAGGCAGAAAAGGGAGGAGGAGAUGCAGGUGCAGGGCGGUGCGGGGCUGGGGCAGGGACAUCGGAUCGAUUCCAACAGCAACCGGUUCUACAUCUACCAGAAGGACGCGCAGCGCAAGGAAGAAGAAGACCAAGACGUGGACGAAGUA